CUCCGAGUGUUCGCCCAAAGAAGUUCGAGGACGAAUCAACGGGAUGUUCCAGAUCAUGAUGGCCACUGGAGUUAUGCUGUCCUACUUCAUAAAUUACGGUAUCGGCACCCAUUUCCAGCGGCAGAACGUAUGGAGAAUCCUAUUCGGGGUCCAGCUCGUGCCGGCUAGUAUCAUGGCCUUCGGCUUGUUGACUAUCAAGGAAUCGCCUCGUUGGCUUGCGUCAGUUAACCGAAAAGAUGGUGCCCUCAAGAACCUUGCCUAGCUGCGAAGACUUCCACCCACCUCUGAGCAAAUCCUGCACGAGAUGGCCGAAAUCGAUGCUGUUGCUGAGGAAGAGCGCUUGGCUCGCGAGGAUCUGCAGUGGAAAGAAGUAUUUUUUGGAGUAUAUGGCGUCGUCAAACUGGCAUCCACGUUGUUGUUCGUGAAUCCAAGAGUCGCCACUUCUACUACAAUCCAAAAUUUUUAUACUUAUCUUCCCCUCACCUUGUCCAACCUCCUAUUCAUCUUCCAACUUCGACAUUGACAUCGAUGGUUGAAGGCGCAGUG